AUGACCAUGGAGGAGAUCUUCAGGGGCACCAAGGAGUUCAAGCAGGAGGUCUUCGAGAAGGUCCAGCUCGAGCUCAACCAGUUCGGUCUCUGGAUCUACAACGCUAACGUCAAGCAGCUCGUCGACGUCCGCGGCCACGAGUAUUUCUCUUACCUAGGGCAGAAGACGCAGAUGGAGGCUGCGAAUCAGGCCAGGGUGGACGUGGCGGAGGCCAAGAUGAAGGGGGAAAUCGGAUCCAAGCUGAGGGACGGCCAGACGCAGCAGAACGCGGCCAAAAUCGACGCCGAAACAAAGAUUAUUUCCACGCAGCGGCAGGGAGAUGGGAAGAAGGAGGAGAUCAAGGUCAGGACGGCGGUCAAGGUGUUUGAGAACCUCAAGGAGGCGGAGGUGGCCGAGGCCAACGCAGAGCUGGCCAAGAAGAAGGCUGGCUGGGCCAAGGAGGCACAUGUGGCGGAGGUCGAGGCCAACAAGGCGGUGGCACUCAGGGACGCCGAGCUGCAGAAGGAGGUUGAGCGAAUGAACGCGCUGACCAUGACCGAGAAGCUCAAGGCUGAGUUUCUGAGCAAAGCCAGCGUCGAGUACGAGACCAAGGUGCAAGAGGCCAACUGGGAGCUGUACAAGAAGCAAAAGGCUGCCGAGGCAUACCUAUACGAAAAGGAGAAGGAAGCCGAGGCCCAGAAAGCCGCAGCCGAGGCAGCCUUUUUCGGGCGGAAACAGAAAGUGGAUGGAGACUUUUACGCGAAGCUGAAGGAAGCCGAGGGGCUGAAGGCCCUGGCCGAGGCCCAGGGGACUUACAUACGCACCCUUCUAGAUGCAAUGGGCGGUGACUAUGCGGCCCUAAGGGACUACUUGAUGAUCAGUGGUGGCAUGUUUCAGGAGGUGGCCAAGAUCAAUGCUCAGGCUGUGCAUGGGCUGCAGCCCAAGAUUAGCAUAUGGACUAACGGCGGCCAUGGCCAGGGAGAAGCUGGUGGUACUGAUGCUAUGAAGGAAGUUGCCGGAGUUUACAAGAUGCUGCCGCCGUUGUUCAAGACUGUGCAGGAGCAGACUGGGAUGUUGCCACCGGCAUGGAUGGGCGCGAUGACCGACAAGAAUUGA